CGAAUUUGUUUUUCGUAACAGAUGAAGCGGUUUCUUCGACACGUCGUUCGUUGAAGUGUCUAAUGCCACGUGGCACAACCAGUAAUUCUUUGUUCGGUUCCUAUGGUUCUCAGACUACACAGCGACGACAUUAACCAACCGAUCUUUAUAGCAGUAAAGUGUGACUUUUCUACGCGGUACGGACUGAAUUCUAAAAUAAUUGUUUUUUUGGAAGUGAGUGGUCGGAAUAUAUGACGAGAAUAGGCCACUGGGAAGAUGUAGACAGAAGGAAAAUAUAAAAAAUCAUUUUUGAGGAAACAGGUUGUGGAAUGGCAUCUUAUGGCUCAGCACAGUGAACCCGUUCAACAAUGAACACCAUCUCCUGUGACCUAAGGCAAGGCCUACUAAGUGAGCUAGAGUGUCCGGUUUGCACGGAAUACAUGCUGCCACCUAUCGUCUUCUGCACUAACGGACACAACAUCUGUCCCAGCUGCAAACCGAAAGUAAACCAAUGCCCUACCUGCAGACAACCAUUUGUGAAAAUAAGGAAUGUCGCUUUAGAGAAAAUAGCGAGGCAGAUCGAGUAUCCUUGCACUUAUUCGAAGUACGGAUGCACUAAGAAGGUCACACUGGACAUGAAGAAUAAACAUGAAAAGGUCUGUUCGUACAACGUGUAUGGCUGCCCGUUAAGAAAGGUGCCUGCAGUCAACUGUUCUUGGGGUGGAAAUCUGCAAGACUUGAAGAAGCAUCUCACAAAUUCGCACAAAGAAUGGACAUACGAAUACAAGGGAAAAUUUAUGACUGGCUUGGUAGACAUCAAGCCUGCUCGAAGGUACUGCUACAUCAUAUUCGCUUACGGUGAAAUAUUCUAUCGAUAUUUCUCAGUAAAGAACGGUACUCUCUAUGGAGUACUGCAAUAUAUAGGCCCAAGGGAAAAUUCAGCAAAAUAUCGAUACAAGAUGAUUUUCGAUAACAAAGACGAUAUGGGAAGUAUAUCGAUAUGCCAUGUGACUCAAAGUUUUGUGGACAGUAUGGACGAUAUUCGAGAAACUGGCAAAUGUCUUAAAUUGCAUUUUGAUGUUGUCAAGAAUUUUGUGAACAUGAAAAAUAACUUAAAGUUUCAGAUGGAAAUAUCCAAAAAUGAACUGAAUUAAAAUGUAAUUGCAUGUUCAGUGUAUCAAAACUGGAUGCAGUGAACAAUAGUGAAUGUAUGAUAAUAGAUGUGUAUCUAUUAUAGUAAACAAUGAAAAUAUUGAGAAAUUAAG